AUGUACCAGGUGACCGUCUUUUGUCAGACAUUUAAACGUGCGUCGAUUCUGAUUGGCCGAGAGCGCCGCUGUAAACAAAGCUCUCGACCAAUCAGAGCGCUCCUUCCCGCAGUCUCCGAGUUUCAAAGGCCAGUGUGUCAGGGAAUUUGUGUUUGCUUCUUAUUUUUUGAAGAUUUGGAGCAGAAUAAAGUAAAUUUCGACUGGUUCUUGAGCAGAAGUGGCAGGAUGUCAAAACUACCAACACCUUCCAGCCGCCUUAAGUUGCCGCAGCCCACACGCCUGCGAACCCCAGGUUCAGCCAUGAAGAGGCAGGCCAGCAGCGGAGAGCUGCCAGGAUCACCUGAGAAGAAGACCAGACUCAGUGCAUCUUCUGUGGGCUCGACAGAUUCAGAAGAUUCAGUUCCCGACAUGCCCCCUCCCGCACGUCGUGGCCUGUCCCGUCAGCCUUCAGCUCCUGCAGGGAAGUUGAGAAGGUCUGUGUCAAUGGCGAGCUUACCCGUGAGUGGUCUCAGGGAACGUAACGGGUCCAAGACAAACCUGGCUCGUUCUAAGAUAGGGGCGUCAACACUAAACCUCACAGGCAGGGCUUCUAACAUCACACCGUCAACGGCGAAUAGAACAGCAGCUAGCA